AUGCCAAACGAUGCCCUCCAAUUCGUCUAUUCGUACACAAGCGAGAAACUCUGCGUCGGACCAACUUACACCGAAUACUUCACCAACGGAUAUUCCACAAGUACCUCCAAAUACUAUUGUAACAACAACGUUCCAACUGUAUUCUCUUGUUACGAUGACAAUUGUAUCAAAAUCAAUUAUGCAGGUUGUAAUUAUGGAUUUUAUUUCGCUCCAUACAAAGUACAAUGUUAA